AUGUGUAUCGAUCGAUUGCCUUUGGUCCUCGUCAUACAACUCAAGCGCUUUGACUAUGACUGGGACAAGGGCAUCGCGAUCAAAUUUAAUGAUUAUUUCGAGUUUCCGCGUGAGCUGGAUAUGCGUCCUUAUACGGUUCAUGGUCUCGUCAACCAUCUACCUGAUUCGACUCAGGAUCAGCCGGACGGCGACGGGUUGGACGAUUCCCAUUGUGAAUCGAGCCAAUCUGCCAAAUCGGAGGAGCAAUCGGCCACCCACUACACUCGCUACACUCUCCGAGGUGUGGUCGUGCACAGUGGCCAAGCCUCUGGGGGUCACUACUACUCCUUCAUACGACAAUUUUGUCCCAAGAGCAGACAGUACAAGUGGUAUAAGUACGAUGAUAGUGAAGUUACACUUUCAUCUGUGGACGAUGAGGAUGAGGCCAGGCUGGCGUGGUUCGGCGGGGAUGUCAACCCCAGCACAUGCGACUCGUCCAAGUACCUUUACGUUUGGGAUAGUAAACGUAUUUGGAACGCAUACGUGUUGUUUUACGAGCGGGAAGAUUUUCAUCCCAACAUGGGCUGUGGUUCUCUCAAAGAAUUUACCGUUACGCAGCGUUUGAAAAGAAUGGUUCAUCUGGAAAAUAUGGAUUACCUGCAUCAGCAGUUGCAAUUUCAUCCCUUACUUGCCCUCUUCAUCCGCAAUCUGAUUGAGGCCAGCCUGGACAUGUGCAAGAUGAGGCCUGAAGUCGUUGAAGAUUUGGGCCUGACCACUUUGAAACUACUCGUGAACUUUUCAUUCGCCGUUCGCUUUCAGCAAGUGGCACGUGAAUGGUAUAUCUGGACACCGUUGUUUCUCCGGUUGAUGUCUUUAUGCCCACUUGUGCGAGAGAAAUUCGUGCAGUGGACUAUUUUCAGCUCUCCCGAUCGUGUAUGCGAACUCCUCUUCGAAUGCCCCUAUCCGGAGGUCCGUUUCCUGUUCGCAAUUGCAAUACUGUACAUCUUGAGCUUCGACUCAUCCACCGCUUGUCAGUCGUCCGUGACUUGUUUAAAGGCUUUCGAGAGGGCUCGGGAUCGGAUUUCGUCAUCAGAUCUCCCUGCAUCUACUGAUCGAUCUGAUUUUGCACAGGCUGAAUCGGCGAAAACGAUCCUUUCAUCCAUCCGUUGCUCUAAAGUAUCGACCAAGGAUGGUGCUCUUUGCCCCAGUCUUUCAGAUAUCAUUGUUCAAGUGAUUUCGCUCCAGCUGUGUGCUUCCCCAGCCAAUUUUCUUAGACGGGAUUUCAACAAUAAAAUCACCGCUUCAGAUAAGCUUGGCGACUCCACCGGUUGGCUAACCUCUCCGAACGAAGGAUCCUGUGGUUCUUCGUACACGCGCACUCACACAGAUGUAACUCACCACCCUCUCGUUUACAGGCAGUUUUUCUCCAUCUUCAUGGACUAUGCCUGCUUUGGUGAAGAUGCGCGCGCCAGGUUGUUGAUCUUGGGGGUACCUGAGCUAUUAAUCAAGUACGCCCUAAAGAAUUCCCUCACUUCCGUCUCAAUGUCCUCUUGGUUCACCUACUCGAGCAUUAGCUCUGCUGGAAUUCGAAACCCGGAGGUACUAAAGCGAUACUUGAACGACAUGCUAAACUCUCUACCUGCGCAUUUGGACAGCACCCUACCCAUUGCACUCCCCCCGUUUCCUGUGGUAACUGCAUCAAGAGACUCUUUAUUGCUUGCAUUCAAAUCAUAUCAGGCUUCUGGCACAUCAGCGUACGCUAUCGGCUCGGCUACUUCUCACUCGCCUGUCGCGUCUUCAAUUCAAUACUCAGCGACAGUCACUCUGUGGUGUCUGCUUUCAUUGCUGGUCCGAUCGUUGGACGUAUCGUCGCACUGUACUGAGCAGGAGAAAUUGGUUCGUAUCUCACCGUGCACAGCCUCCCGAUCCAAUAUAGAGGCAGGUCACAAAUCGCUUGCUCUUGUCGAUGAGGCUGAUGCCAGUGUGGCACAAUUGGACAUCCCGUCCGUGAAUCCAUAUCAAAUCGGACAGGCGCCGUUAUGUCCUAUCACCUCUAGUCUGGCCGAUUUGCUCCUGACCACGACAUGCAACCGCUUUAUUUCCUGUUUUCUCCGUUCAUGGCUCAGUGUGUCAACCGUGGAACAUAUCUCCAAUGUCUUGAUGUUUUUAUCCUUCAAGAACCUGGAAUUUUCAUCCAUUGCAAUUGAUUCCUUAGUCUGGGCAUUCAAGACAUGUCGAUCUGACUCCGGGCUUGUACUGUCAGUACUGCAAUCCUUACUCACUGUUGAGGACACUUUCAAAAUUGACCGGUUGCGAUACGCUUUGACAGGCGCAGAUGGAACCGGCCUGAUGGUCCCAACUCCAGUCACCACAUGCCAUCAGUCUUUCAGUCACUACACAAAGGUGAUUAAGAUGGUAAUGGGAUUAAUUUUAAAUGACCUACAAGUUCAGCGUCUGUUCCAGUCGGAGGAUUCUUUUAUUGAGUGGCUGCAUCGAUGGAUCGAAACAAUCGGUGACUCCUUGCAAAACCCUACUUCGCUGUCAUACUGGCACUCACCCGGCACCCGGAGCCCACAAUCACACGAUGAUUUUGUACUUAUGAUGCGACGUGUUUAUGAAGUUCUUCCCAUUCCUGAUGACGAUCAGGCGGGCAGUUCGGAUGAAAGUAACGGUGUUAGUUACGACGAGGACGAUGGAGGUCAGUCUAGUGGUUCACACUACGAGAAUUCAUUGGAUCAAGUUGGAUUCGAACGCCUCACUAGGUCUUGGCGACGCGACACUGAAGAAACGAAAUUCGAAUUGCAACCUCCUCCGACUAAACAUCGAAUUUCCGAAUCUGCAAACUAUGUGCCCGAUGAUACAGUAGACUCAGAUUCGCUUGACAGAUCUCCCUGA